AUGCAUGGAAUUCUGAAGGAAGUUUUACAAAAGAUCAAAAAUGUGGCAUUUGAGAAGGAGAAAGUGCGAAUAGGAGCAAAGCAAUACGAGUAUUCGAUUGAGGUGGAAUUUAAGACAGUGCAGAAGAAAUACACGCUUGGAGCAGUCUUGUUCUACAUCACUGACUUGAAUUUGAAACACAUUGAUUAUAUCACAAAGUGUUCAGAGAAGCAGGUGAAGCCAAUUGGACUUCAGGACAAGGCAAAGGUGUUGGAAGAGAUCAGGAUGUUCAAAAAUGCGAAGACACCAGGGCAUUUUGAAAGAGUAACGUAUUCUUUGAAUAGGCAGUAUCAGAUACCAGUGAUAGCAGAAGAAAACUACAUUUUGAUUGGAAAUGACCCAUUGGGGGAGUUGAACUUCGCUAAUUUGCAGCUGUUUCUGACAGAAGGGCGAAUCACAGCUGAGAAGCAGUCGUCUUUGCUCUCCCAGAGCACGUCAUUUGAAAAAGAAGGCAUCAAAUUCAAAAUAUUCAACGAUUUCAGCAAAUUCACCAAAAAGCAGUGGGCUAUGGUUCGAGUUGUCUGUGUAGACGGUUUGUUGACUGAUUUGAAGAGAAACUGCCCUGAUUUCAGUGCACUGCGAGAAGCAGCCCUUUUCAUUGGAAUGGACAAGAAAGACCUGAAAAAGUGCAAGGAGAGUGGAGUGGAUCCAAUGGAACCGGUGAUCAAGGACGGGUUUGUAUUCAAUCACGGUGUCAUUUGGGAUCGGAUUCAGAAGGUGGUUGACUGA